AUGGUCGACAUCAACCCCGCCGCCCUGAGUCGGCCAUCUAUCAGCCUCUCGACACCGGUUCUAUCGAAGCAGUCUAUCAAUGUUUCGGUGCCGUCAAUACACAAGGCACCCAAAACGAGCCAACUUAUACCCGCCCGCAUUGACCUCGAACCUAUCUACACGGCGCUCAAGGCCAGCAUCGGCACAGAGCAAUGGCCCACCUACAAAGAAUCUAUAACCAAUUUUCUGAUCGGUACUGCUUUGCCGUCUAGCGCACAUGCCGAGUUUAGCGAGCGCAUCGAACCCAUACUCGCCUCCCCCGAUGGCUCCAAAGAACACCUUCACAACCAGCUUAUCGCCGCCAUAUAUGGCAAUGUCACACGGGAGAUGCCCGACCAGGGCCUUGCGCCUUGGGUCAGCACAAACGAUAAGCCGUCGCCGGCGACCGGAAGCAAACCCGUGUCUGGGGAUGCUGCCGAGCGGAGGUUAAAGGGGGAGGUCAUGCAGCUCCCGGCGCGUGACAGGAGGCGCAUCAAGGAUCUUGCACACAACGACGUGAGCCAGGGCAUGCGGUGGAGUAUUGCAGAAUCCAUGCUGACGGCGUGCCUCAGUUUGAUCCGUACGAGUCGCUCGCGAAUAUGUUCACGGACCAGGCCCGGAUGCGACCCGCCAAGACGGCCGAGGUGCCUGCCAGUGCGGGCGGCGGCCUAA